GCACGUGAGUAAUCCCUGGCUCACGUGACGCAUACUUUUUAGUCAUGGCCGACGACUAUAGGCGACAAGGUUUCGAGUUGGAGAGAAGGAUAUUUGAGUUAGACAUCAAGUGUUCCAGUCUCAGAGCUGAAAAGCAAGAUGAUGACUAUUUACAGAAUGCGUCUGCCAUACUAGACAAGUUGAAAAGCUAUUACAGGCAAGGAGGGGAGAGUAGCAACCUUUCCAAGGUGCUUCAGGAUUACACACAGGUGAUCCUAGAUAUCACAUUUUAUGAAGAGAAUAAACUGGUGGACCAGGAGUUCCCUGAGGACUGUUCACCAUUUAAAAUCCAGCAGCUGCUGCAAGACCUGACCGAGCCAGAAGUUUUGUCGGGGAGGCUAGCACCAGCACAAGAAGUGCAGUCUGUGUUGGGCCUAGAGCUGUUAGAAUGCCUCUAUUGGAGACGUGGAGCUCUGCUGUACAUGUACUGCCACACCCUUCAUCAACGAAAACAGUGGAUUAAGAAAAACAAGGACACAUUCCUUAAGUGUAUUCAGGAAGGGGUGCGCUACCUAAUGCGGAUGCUGCAGGUGAGAAACUCUGUGAAACUCAACGAUGGGGUUGUGCUCCAUGACACUGCUACUGCAAACUUCCUAUCUGAAGGCAUCUUCUCCGACACACACCUGCUGACGAUGAUGUACAUCGGGGAAAUGUGUUUCUGGGCAGUCAAGUACGAGGACUGCAGCGCUGACACUAUGGAUCGCAAAGAAGAUCGCCUCCAGUUUCGGGACAUUGGCACACAGAUCCUCAACAAAUACGUGCUUGCCUGUGAGGGCCCUCUGCAGGGCCAGGGCUGGAAUACAGAGAAUGCCAAGGAAAUCCUUAGUAUUUUACAGUGAGCCAAGCUGCUCCUGUGUUGAAGUUGCCCACAGGCACAAAUCUAAGUUCAGUAUUCAAAUGUGUGUCAACCCCGAAUAAAAAUGGAACCCAU